GUGUGAAAUAAACAUAAGUUUGACAUUGGCUUCAUUUAUUAGCGGCAAACAUGGCUGCUUUGACUUUAAAUACCUUAAAACAAAUAAUGAAAACAAUGGUGGAUAACCGGGGCUUUGACAGAGUCCUGAGUAAGGUGGACGUUUUGUCUGCCAGUCCCGGUAAGGUAGUGUGUGAGAUGCAGGUAGAAGAGGAGCACACUAACCGGGGAGGGACGCUGCACGGCGGCCUGACAGCCACCUUGGUCGAUGUCAUCUCUACCUUGGCGAUCAUGAACAGUGAGAGGGGAGCGCCGGGGGUCAGUGUGGAUAUGAACAUAACGUACAUGAGUGCUGCCAAGUUAGGAGAAGACGUACUCAUCACCGCACAGGUCCUGAAGCAAGGGCGGACACUGGCGUUUGCCACCGUAGACCUCACCAGCAAGGCCACGGGGAAGGUCAUUGCACAAGGAAGACACACCAAACACCUCGGUGGCAGCUAAUCUGUCUCGUCUCUGUGCCUGGCUGUAAACCACAAGUGUAUAUCUGUAAUGUCAGAACAAAAGACUCUGAAGAAGCUGUAAACAUGCCUCUGUCUGUACAUAGUUUGCAAAACCACAUAUUAUGUUUUUAAAAAAAUGUAAGAGGUGGGUUCCACAACUCUGUACGACUACUCAGUCCUGGUUACUCAAUAAUCUGUGUUGUUUCAGCUGUUACACAUUUGUCAUGAGCAGUUGCAGAACAGCUAGUUAUAGUACGGUCAGAGUUGAUCCUGAUCUAACUAAUGUAUCAAUGAUUCAUGCACGUGCAAUAAAACAAAUGGACAAAGA